CAAAGACCUUGAGCGGCUGCAAGGCCGACUCGAGGUCCUUCAGUCGCAUUGGCCGUCAGACAGAUUUCGACAGUCAGCGCGUCUUUCAAGGUGAACGAGGCCUCGCCAAGCUCCAGCUCGUUCGACGUCGCUACCUACCCCUUCAUUGGUCAGCAAGCCCAGAUGGACCGACAGCCGACGACGAGGGCAAGCUCGGCAGCAGUAGCGGCCGCGCAGAAGCGUACGUCUGGUGAUACAUAUGGCCCGAGCACUCCCAAACGAGCUCGCAAUGUGGCAAUACAUGACCAAGAUGAUGACGAUGAUGAUGUUCAACUGAUCCCUGGCGGCGGCAAGGGCAGUACACUGCCCGACUACCCAGCCACAGAUGGGCUCGAUGCAGUAGCCUCGAGCUCAAAGCAAACGGUCAAGCCAAAGAGUGGCAUGCAGCCUGGCUCGACCAGUCUCAAAGAAUUGCAAUGCCCCGUCUGUCUGGACCCACCCUCGCCCUUUGUGACAACACGGUGUGGUCAUACCUUUUGCGGCAAAUGCCUGCACGACUGUAUGGCCCAACAGACCGACUUUCCCGGUCUCGACGGCCAAUGUCCCGUCUGUCGGACAAUGCUCAGGAACGGCUGGCAGACAGGCUACCAGCCAGUCGAUCGUGAUCGUGAUAUAGGCUCAUGGGGCUCAUUGCGCGGCGUCACCCUGCGCUACCGAGCCCUCGAUGCCUGAGCUUCACAUCUCAACAUCGAAUGUCACCUGUACCCCGUUGGCACUGUAGACAUCCUGCUUGUUGUCAGCACUACAUGCAUCUGUACACGUCC